GUAGUACUGGCGGUGGCGAUUGACCCUGCCGAACUACCUACUACUCUGGUCCGUACAUGGGUACCCACCGAAGUAACCCUAUGCAGGCGGCAUUUACGUAGACUUAGGAAGGAAACUAGCGAUAAAUAUGCUAACAAACUAAAACUAGUGAGGGCAGAGACAGUGUCGUCCAGUGAAACAGAAAAAGUUGAGGUACUAUCUGUCCAGGGACUGGUACAGAUGGACAAAGAUAUAAACAGCUCAAACAGAGAUUUAUACAUUGAUGCAAUAAAAACGAUUCUCCUGCCAAGCGGUAUUUUAAAAAAUUUUAAAAAUAUUCUUGCUAAUGCCGUUGUGUUAGCCUAUAACGUGGAUGGAGUGCAAGGCAAGUCGGCGCUGAAAGAUCUUAAGAAUUUUUAUGGAGUUUUGCUUGAUGCUAUAACUGUAGAGGCAGAGACUGGAUCAGCGGAAAUACAACUAAGAAAAGCUCUUCAGCUGCAAAAAAAACGACAUUUUAAAAAUAUAAGCAACAAUAACAACAACAAAAUAAUAGAUAAUAAUAACUCAUAAGGAAAUUAGACAAAUAAAAUAAGUGAAAUUGUCAACUGCACGAGCUUUUCUAAUUAUGUUCCUUGUU